GAGCCGGGUUCUAGGCCCCGGUACAGGUGCCAUGAAAGCCUUCCAUGCUUUCUGUGUUGGGCUUUUGAUAUUUGGGCGUGUCUGUGAAGCCAAGGUUGAUGAUUUCGAGGAGGAGGAAGACAUUGCCGAGUACGACGAUAACGACUUUGCUGAGUUUGAGGACGCUGCCGGAGACCCUGCCACUGGCUCUCCCCAGCGAGUGAUAACUGCUGAAGACAGCGACAACGAGGCGACUGUGGAGUUGGAAGGGCAGGACGAAAACCAAGAAGGAGAUUUCGAAGAUGCAGAUACCCAGGAGGGGGAUGCCAAGAGUGAACCGUACGAUGACGAAGAAUUUGAAGGUUAUGAAGACAAAGCGGAUACCUCUUCCAGCAGAAACAGAGACCCAAUAACAAUUGUUGAUGUUCCUGCACAUCUCCAGAACAGUUGGGAGAGUUAUUAUCUAGAGAUUUUGAUGGUGACUGGUCUGCUUGCCUACAUCAUGAAUUAUAUCAUCGGGAAGAAUAAAAACAGUCGCCUUGCUCAGGCCUGGUUUAACACUCAUAGGGAGCUUUUGGAGAGCAACUUUACCUUAGUAGGGGACGAUGGAACUAACAAAGAAGCCACCAGCACAGGAAAGCUGAACCAGGAGAAUGAGCACAUUUACAACCUGUGGUGUUCUGGUCGAGUGUGCUGUGAGGGGAUGCUUAUCCAGCUGAGGUUCCUCAAGAGACAGGACUUAUUGAAUGUCCUGGCCCGGAUGAUGAGGCCAGUGAGUGAUCAAGUGCAAAUAAAAGUAACCAUGAAUGAUGAAGACAUGGAUACCUACGUGUUUGCUGUUGGUACUCGGAAAGCCUUGGUGCGACUACAGAAAGAGAUGCAGGAUCUGAGUGAGUUUUGUAGUGACAAACCUAAGUCGGGAGCGAAGUAUGGACUGCCUGACUCCUUGGCCAUCCUGUCAGAGAUGGGAGAAGUCACAGAGGGAAUGAUGGACACAAAGAUGGUUCACUUUCUUACACACUAUGCUGACAAGAUUGAAUCUGUUCAUUUUUCAGACCAGUUCUCUGGUCCAAAAAUUAUGCAAGAGGAAGGUCAGCCUUUAAAGCUACCUGACACUAAGAGGACACUGUUGUUUACAUUUAAUGUGCCUGGCUCAGGUAACACCCACCCAAAGGAUAUGGAGGCUUUACUACCCCUGAUGAACAUGGUGAUUUAUUCUGUUGACAAAGAAAAAUUCCGAUUCAACAGAGAAGGCAAACAAAAAGCAGACAAGAACCGAGUUAGAGUGGAGGAGACCUUCUUGAAGCUGAUGCAUGUGCAAAGACAGGAAGCCGCCCAGUCUCGGCGUGAGGAGAAGAAAAGAGCAGAGAAGGAGCGAAUCAUGAAUGAGGAAGAUCCUGAGAAACAGCGCAGGCUGGAGGAAGCUGCCUUGAGGCGUAAGCAAAAGAAAUUGGAGAAGAAGCAAAUGAAAAUGAAACAAAUCAAAGUGAAAGCCAUGUAAAGUCAUCCCAGAGAUCUGAGUCCUGGUGCCACCUGUAAGCUCUGAAUUCACAGGAAACAAAAAAUACAAGUUCAUUUCUCAUCUUAAAGUUUCCCAGUAACUGAGAAAUCCUUAUUUCAUCAUCUGUUCUGUUUUUGGU